CGGGUAGAAAAGAAAUUACAAGAACUUAAUGAAAAUAAUGAAAAUGAGAAAAUAACCGAUGAUAUUCAACUAGACAUGGUGGAAUUUGCUAAUAAUUAUUUCAACGCUCAUGAAAGAAGUCCUGAAGGUACUAUAAUGGCCACCUUAACGAGAAAGAGACAAAGCUCAGAAAUGAUUCCGAAGGAAGAGAUGGUUAUAUACUAUAAAGGGAAUUCAAUACCAAAUUCCCAUAUUCAUUUAUAUGAUCCAGACAAUAUAAAUAUUGCUUGCAGUAUAUUCCGGGAUUUAAACAAAUACAUAAGGGGAGAACUGAACGGGGAACGUGAACUGCAAGUUAUUCAGUCAAUUGUAGGAUAUGCAUUAGAACGAGAAGAACUAAGAGACGAAGUAUUUGUUCAAUGCAUUCGUCAAGCCACGAAUAACCCAAGCACAGAAGGAACCGAAAGAGUAUGGUUGUUGUUGUGUCUGUGUGUGGUUUCUUUUCAACCAUCCAAAUUAUUAUAUAGAUAUUUUGUGUCUUUCCUGAAAAAGAAUAUUGUACAUCCUGGAAGAAUUAGUCAAUACGUUCAAUGGUGUUUGGACAAUUGCAAUAACAACAAAGUUUCCGUUCGGGAGCAUCCUCCAUCAUCAGUAGAAGUAGCUGCCAUGAAAAGGCUUGGUACAAUAGUAUGCAGAUUUUUCUUCCUGGAUGGUCGCACUAAAGCAAUAGAUGUUCAUCCGACAGAUACAGCUGGAGAUGCAGCCAAAAAAUUAGCAGAAAGAUUAGGUUUAAGAAAUUUGGAAGGUUGGGCUAUUUACCAAAGUCGACCUGAUGGAGAAGAACAUGUUAGAGCUCAUCAUUAUUUAUAUGACAUUAUAGCCCAAUGGGAACUGAAUCAAAAUAAGUUGGUACCACAAAGUGGUUUAUCGACGUUAGGAAGACGAAGCGGUCAAACCGUGAGUGGAGGAGAAAAUAGAUUUAUUUUCAAAAGAAGGCUCUUCAAAUCUAGUCGUGAACUUAGUCAAGAUCCUGUAGAAGUUAAUUUAAUGUAUGCUCAAGCUGUACAUAGUGUUGUUAAAUGUGAUGAUUUUCCUGUAACAGAAAAGGUUGCUUUGCAAUUAGCUGGUUUACAGGCACAAGUAGCUUUAGGAAAUCCCAAAGAUAAUAACAAACUCGAAUACUAUAAUGAUAUUGACACAUAUCUACCUUAUAGGAUAAGUAGGACAAGAGGAGAUGAUGUGUGGGUACCGAUAAUUGCUCAAGCUCACAGACAAUAUGGUGCAAACCGCACUGAACUGACAGCAAAAGCUCUCUAUUUGUCCUGUGUUAUGCAGUAUCCGUUAUACGGUACCACUAUGUAUCCUGUAACGUAUCGCGGUUACUGGUCUUAUGGUAAUGCUUUGACAUUAGGUGUCAAUAGUGAAGGAAUUAUGUUGAUCAAAAACGACGACAAAUUUGUCCUAAACGAGUUCCACUAUCAAGACGUUGAGAGCAUACUUCUUGACCCAAGUGAUAGUUUUAUUACAAUAACUUUACAAAGACACCUCAACGACAAUAAUCAUAAAUGUUACGUGUUUGAAACACCACAAAAGAAUGAAAUAGGCUCUCUAAUAGCUAGUUAUUGUCCCUCUUUAGCUGGAUGGCUAACAGAAAGCGAAGCUCCGAUGAAGAAAGUUAAGGCGAUUACUAACGAAGAUAGAGUUAGACUCUAUCAUAAUCUAGUCAACUGUAGACGAGCGUUGGUAGACCACGAUAUACUCAGAAAACCCAUUGACACAUCAGGAAACUUUUUGAGAAAUACUUUAAGGAGGUUAAGCAAGCAUAAGCUGGAUAAACUGAGGCAAGAGCACGGCGGGGAUACUGGCGAAACAUAUAAAGGAUUCCAUUAUGCUUUUUGGGCUUUUAGUAGACAAUUGUUGCCGCAGAGUAUUAGUAGAAUUCCUGAACCGGACGAACAGAUUAUGUUACAAGUAUUUCAGAUUAUUUUAACUUAUGCUGGUCUUGGACAGAAUGGUGAGGUUAUUCGCAGAGUGGAAGAUGAACACGUUACUCUUCUACAAACGAUCCUGGAGCGGUGUAUGAGAAAAGAAUCUUUACUUUGCGAACUUUAUUUACAAUUAAUAAAGCAAACCACUGACCAUCCCGAUCCUAAUUCCAGAGUUAAUCUGAGGCACUGGGCUUUGUUGUCACUCGCAUGCUCUGUAGUUUUACCGCCCAAUAAAGCCAUACGGAGGUACCUUAUUGCACAUUUGAAACGAUGUAGUUCUGAUUUUGUUACAGAAGAAGGAAAAUAUGCAAGAUUCGCGGAAAAAUGUCUUUCUAAAACGCAAGGUACUCGGAGAAGACAAUGGCCUCCAUCUAGAGAAGAAAUUUUAUGCACAAUAAAUAGAAGACCAGUUUACGCUAGGUUCCACUUCAUGGACGGACAAUAUCAUUCCGUAGAAUUUCAUCCAUCUGCCACUGCUAAAGAUGUUCUUGAAGUAGUUCGAGACAAAAUUGGACUAAGUCAAGAAGCAAAAGGUUAUGCCAUAUAUGAAGUGUUAGGAAAUUCGGAACGUAGUUUAGCAGCUGAAGAAAAAGUGGCUGACGUGAUGGCAAAGUGGGAGAGAUAUCGAGCCGCAACUACUGCCAAUUCAGUUAAUAAUACUGGUACCGCUAAGAGAGCUAGGCCUCAACACCACUUUUUCCUAUUUAAGAAACAUCUCUUUAUGGAUAACUUUAUUAAUUUGAAUGAUCCUGUCGAGAAAGAACUCUUAUACCAUCAAGUAUUACACGAUUUAAGAACCGACCGGUUUCCUAUAACAGACAAAGAAGCGAUGAUGCUAACGGCACUCCAAGCUCAAUUGGAACUGGGAGAUUUGGAAGAAAGUAUUCACGAUUAUAGACCCAUCGCUGCUCAUUGCUUACCAGCUCGUAUGGUACCGAUGUUACCUUGUGAAGGAGUCCAAAUGCACCACCAAUCGUUAAGAGGAAUGACACCUUCUGAAGCAAAACAAGCAUUUUUGAAUCUCAUCCAAAGUUGGCCAUUACAUAAAGCGACUAUAUUUGAUGUUAUGCAAUCCUUUACAUCAAACUGGCCUCGAGUCUUGUGGUUAGCCGUUGACCAAAAAGGACUUCAUCUUCUAGAACACCGUUCUCGAAAUGCUUUGUGCACAUACGACUACAAUAGCAUUCUCAGCUACUCUCCUGCACUUAACUGUCUCAUGAUAAUUACAGGAAGCGAUCGUAAGCAGAGUAAAGUCAUUCUCACAACAGCACAAGCAUUCCAAAUAGCAACGCUUAUUAAAGAAUAUACAGAGGAGAUACACGGAUAUGCGGUGGAUCAGAGAAGAGCUGAACAACAGCCGAAAACUCGCCCAAUCAGCGGAUUACACCACAACGCUCCCAUGGUACCUCCUCAGCCUAGCUAG